AUGGUAAAGGAGAGCAAGCUUUAUGACACCCUUGGUGUCUCUCCAACUGCGACAGAGCAGGAGUUGAAGAAGGCAUACAAAGUAAACGCUCUGAAGUACCAUCCUGAUAAAAACGCACACAACCCUGGCGCCGAGGAAAAGUUCAAAGAAAUCUCUCAUGCCUACGAAAUUCUCUCCGAUUCCCAGAAGCGCCAAAUCUACGACCAGUAUGGUGAAGCUGGUCUGGAGGGAGGCGCUGCCGGCGGCGGCGGAAUGGCUGCCGAGGAUUUGUUCGCCCAAUUUUUCGGCGGCGGCAGCUUCGGCGGCAUGGGUGGCAUGUUUGGUGGCAUGAACAACCGCGGUCCCCCAAAAGCUCGCACUAUCCAUCACGUUCACAAAGUUUCGCUUGAGGACAUCUACCGAGGCAAGAUCUCCAAGUUGGCCCUGCAACGAUCCAUUAUCUGCACCAAAUGCAAUGGCCUUGGAGGUAAAGACGGUGCCGUCAAGAAGUGCCCUGGAUGCGAUGGACACGGUAUGAAGACUAUGAUGCGUCAAAUGGGGCCGAUGAUUCAACGCUUCCAGACUGUCUGCCCAGACUGUAAUGGUGAGGGCGAGAUUAUCAAGGAAAAGGACCGCUGCAAACAGUGCAAUGGUAAGAAGACCAUUGUGGACAGGAAGGUUCUCCACGUUCACGUCGACAAGGGUGUUAGAAGCGGAACCAAGGUUGAGUUUCGUGGAGAAGGUGAUCAAGCCCCUGGCGUUCAAGCCGGCGAUGUUGUCUUUGAGAUCGAGCAGAAGCCUCAUGCCAGGUUCACUCGGAAGGAGGAUGACUUGCUUUACAAGUGUGAGAUUGAGCUGGUUACCGCCCUUGCUGGCGGCACUAUCUACAUUGAGCACUUGGAUGAGCGUUGGCUUAGCAUCGAUAUUCUGCCUGGUGAGGCUAUUGCUCAGGACGCUGUCAAGGUGGUUCGUGGCCAAGGCAUGCCCUCAUACCGCCACCACGACUACGGUAACCUUUACAUCCACUUCAAUGUCAAGUUCCCUGAGAAGAACUGGACUCAAGAUGAAGCUGCCUUUCAGGCUCUGCGAAACAUCCUGCCUUCGCCAUCACUCCAGAACGUGCCUCCGGCUGAGGCUAUGACCGAACCCGCCGAUCUGGAAGAUAUCGACAACCAGUCACAAAGCAGAGUCUUCGGCAGUCCUGGGAUGGAGGAGGAAGAUGAGGAAGGCCAUCCUGGAGCCGAACGUGUGCAGUGCCAAUCUCAGUAA